CCGCCCCCCACCCCGCCCCCAAAGCUAACGGGCUGGAGGGAAAGAGGCCGAAGGCACACUCCUACUCUGGCCCCACUUAAGGCUGCCAUGGGGCCCAGUGCUCCUCUGCUGCUUUUCUUCUUGUUGUCAUGGACGGGACCCCUUCAGGGACAGCAGCACCACCUUGUGGAGUACAUGGAACGCCGACUAGCUGCCUUAGAGGAACGGCUGGCCCAGUGCCAGGACCAGAGUAGCCGGCAGGCUGCCGAGCUGCGGGACUUCAAGAACAAGAUGCUGCCCCUACUGGAGGUGGCAGAGAAGGAGCGCGAAGCACUCAGAACUGAGGCAGACACCAUCUCGGGGAGAGUGGACCGUCUGGAACGGGAAGUGGACUAUCUGGAGACCCAGAACCCCGCUUUGCCCUGUGUGGAGCUGGAUGAGAAGGCGACUGGAGGCCCUGGGGCCAAAGGCAAGAGCCGAAGAAACGAGAAGUAUGACAUGGUGACAGACUGUGGCUACACCAUCUCUCAGGUGAGGUCAAUGAAGAUCCUGAAGCGGUUUGGUGGCACCUCUGGUCUAUGGACCAAGGAUCCACUGGGGCCAGCAGAGAAGAUCUACGUGUUAGAUGGUACACAGAAUGACACAGCUUUCGUCUUCCCAAGGCUGCGAGACUUCACUCUUGCCAUGGCUGCCCGGAAAGCUUCCCGAAUUCGGGUGCCCUUCCCCUGGGUAGGCACAGGACAGCUGGUGUAUGGCGGCUUCCUGUAUUAUGCUCGAAGGCCUCCUGGAGGGCCCGGCGGGGGUGCUGAAUUGGAGGAUACUCUUCAGCUGAUCAAAUUUCACCUGGCAAACCGAACCGUGGUGGACAGCUCGGUGUUCCCUGCGGAGAAGCUGAUACCCCCCUAUGGGCUGACAGGAGACACCUAUAUUGACCUGGCAGCUGACGAGGAGGGCCUUUGGGCUGUCUAUGCCACUCGGGACGAUGACAGGCAUUUGUGUCUAGCCAAGUUAGAUCCGCAAACGCUUGACACGGAGCAGCAGUGGGACACGCCAUGUCCCCGAGAGAACGCAGAGGCGGCGUUUGUCAUCUGCGGGACCCUGUACGUAGUCUACAACACCCGCCCAGCCAGCCGGGCCCGCAUUCAGUGCUCCUUUGACGCCAGCGGUACGCUGACCCCUGAACGGGCCGCACUCUCUUACUUUCCACGCCGUUAUGGUGCCCAUGCCAGCCUUCGCUAUAACCCCCGUGAGCGCCAGCUGUAUGCCUGGGAUGAUGGCUACCAGAUCGUCUACAAGCUGGAGAUGAGGAAGAAAGAGGAGGAAGUGUAAGCACCUUGUGCUUUUGGUUCUCCUAUCCCCACACAUUUAUAUUCUUAUUAAAUCUCCUGCUGGCCUUUCUUCAAAUGAAGGCCAGUGGUGGCUCAUACCCCCUAAUUUUUUAAACAACAACAACAACCAAAUUUUCCUAGCCCCCUUGUUUUAUGCAGAACUCCAGAUCUUGAGUAACCUUUUAGAACCAAAACAGCAAACACCCUAAAGCUUCACUCCUGCUCUGUGUCCAUAAAUUUUAGUCCCAAACCCAGAACCCUGACCUUUGGAUAGGGUCAACCCCAGACAGGAGAAUGACCCAAGGGAGAGAAGAACUCAAGGAGACAACUUUUCUCUCCUUCAUUCACCCUUCCAGUGUGGGGAAGAAGGGGGCUUUCCCCAAAUCACUUUGUAUGGCAACAUUUUGCAUUAAAAGGAAAACCCACCGUU